GAGCCACAAUGCAGUAACUCAUCCUUCACUGGUACGUGCAUUGUCUCCAGUCCUCUUGUUGUUGACAGAAAAAUGGGUUACUCAAAAACUUUUCUUCUCCUUGGUCUUGUCUUUGCUGUUGUGCUUCUCAUCUCCACUGACGUAUCAGCCCGUGAGCUUGCUGAGGCCGCUCAAACCGAAGAAAAUGUCCAAACUGACGCUGUGGAGGAGGCCAAGUAUGGGCAUGGGGGAUAUGGACAUGGCGGUGGACAUGGUGGUGGACAUGGGGGAUAUGGACAUGGCGGACAUGGUGGAUAUGGACAUGGUGGUCAUGGUGGACAUGGUCCCCCAGGUCAUGGUGGUAAUGUCCAAACUGACGCGGUGGAGGAGGCCAAGUAUGGGUAUGGGGGAGGUGGAUAUGGCGGUGGACAUGGUGGACAUGGUGGACAUGGCGGACAUGGUGGACAUGGUGGACAUGGCGGAGGAGGACAUGGUGGACAUCAUCCCCCUGCAGGACACGGUGGUGCUGGCGAAACAGAAACCAACCAAAAUUAGACAAGUCCUUGGUCGGCCUAUGCUAUCUCUAUGCAUGUGGGUGUCGAAGUAAUAUGUAGCUUAUCCAAGUUUGUAUGCCAAUAAUUAAGGUCGCACUGGUUGUGUAGCUUAUAAAGUACUCUCAACCACGUACAGCAGCUGAAUAAGCCUUAUCUUUCUACUCUUUUCUUCAUGUUUCUGGUUUUUCAUGUAUUACAAUGUGCUUAAUUGAACUUGAAGGUGUGAAAUCCGCA